AGCAGAUCACAGAUCACGUGUCCAGACAAAGCUGGAGGAUAGAGAGAGAAAUGGAGCGGGUUUGGCUGUGGAGGUUUUUAUUUCUGUUGCAAGUGUGUGAUAUAUGUCUGGUUGCUGCAUCAGGCAAACAGUGGAAGAAAAUGAGAGAAAAGAGCUCUGAUGCUGUUAAGGGCUACAGUCCAUGCAACCCUGCCAACUGUAGCUGCCAUCUAAGUGUCCUACAACAUGACUUGCAGCCCUUUAAAGGGGGAAUCUCCGAGGACGUCAUGGCUUCCACAGUUCAAAGAGGGGUGGGCACCCACUACCAGAUUAUUGGACAUAAACUGUACAGAGAACAGAACUGUAUGUUUCCUGCCAGGUGCAGUGGGGUGGAACAUUUCAUACUAGAAGUGAUUGACAAAUUACCUGACUUGGAGAUGGUGGUGAAUGUCAGAGAUUACCCUCAAGUCCCCAACUGGGUGCAGCCGACACUUCCUGUCUUCUCUUUCAGUAAGACUGCUGACUACCAGGACAUCAUGUACCCUGCAUGGACGUUUUGGGAGGGCGGCCCUGCUGUGUGGCCCAUAUACCCCACUGGACUGGGAAGAUGGGAUCUGAUGAGGGACGACCUUAAAAAGUCUGCAGCACAGUGGCCAUGGAAGAAGAAAGAGUCUAAAGGAUUCUUCAGAGGCUCCCGAACCAGUCCAGAGCGCGACCCUUUGAUCCUUCUGUCCAGAGAAACCCCAGAGCUGGUGGAUGCAGAGUACACAAAGAACCAGGCCUGGAAGUCUGAGAAGGAUACACUAGGUAGACCACCAGCUAAAGAGAUCCCACUGGUUGAUCACUGCAAAUACAAAUAUUUAUUCAACUUCCGCGGUGUGGCGGCCAGCUUCCGUUUCAAACAUCUCUUCCUCUGUGGUUCGCUGGUGUUUCAUGUGGGCGAUGAAUGGCAGGAGUUUUUUUACCCUCAGCUCAAGCCUUGGGUUCACUACAUCCCAGUCAAGCAGGAUCUCUCUGAUCUCAGGGAACUACUACAGUUUGUCAAAGAGAAUGACGCUAUCGCACAGGAGAUUGCCAGAAGGGGUCAGGAAUUCAUCCUCGAGCACCUGCGGAUGCAGGACAUUUCCUGCUACUGGGAGAGACUCCUCACUGAGUUCAGCCAACUUCUUACCUACAAACCCAAAAGAAAUAACAAGUACAAUCAGAUUAUCCACAGAGCCAGCAGGACUGAGCUGUAAGAGGGAGGACUCUGCGCGACCAGGGCAGCUGUAGUGAAGGGAAACUAAUGAAUGUAAUUGCUUCACCACAACAAAUGAUUUCCUCACACGCUACAUUACAUGUUGUUGCUGGUGUUCCUCUUUUGUCAUAAUUGCAGCACAUUUUUUUUUUAGCAAGUCGAAUAGAAUAGUUUUUACCUUUUUAUUUCUAUUGAGUUCAGUGUUUUAGUCUAACACGGAGGAAGGCUGAUCCCUAUAGGUCACAUGUCCUUACAGAAGUAACUGUUACAGGGUAGUAUGUAGUAUUUUUCAGCCAACUUCCACUACCUGUCGUUAGCAAAGUCUUGAUUGCCUUUUUGUGUUAAGUGCAAAUGAACAAAACAUUUCAGAGUAGUUUGAAACAAGGGUACACAGUCAUAGCUGCAGUUUAAUGUGUUGACUGUUACUCCUGCCAUACCUUCAGGUGCCACCAGGGAGCCUAUAAUGCCAAUUCUGAGUCAUUGAUCGCUUUGCGGUUCAGUGAGUUAACUUACCUCUAAAAAUAAUUCCUUUUGUGUCUACUGUCUGUACUCACCAGCAAAUUAACAUCCAAGUGAGCUGUGUUUUUUUUUUUUUUUAACUUGUUAAAGAGGCGCCCCACAGAUUUUACAAGUUUAGUUUACUCAUCAUUGCUUAGACUACUUUUUUUUUUUUUUAAGUCCAGAUGAAACAGCAUUUUGAGAGUAUCUAACUUCCGUAUCAUGACGUACGUCUGAGUGAAACAGGAUAGACAGGCAGAACAUAACAUCAUAAAAAGUGGGCGCGUCAUAAUGAAUCUUAGCUCCAUGCCACGAAAAGUUGAAGAUUGAUUGAUGGAUAGAUGUCAUGAUAUUAUUGGUUGGUUCAAGCCUACAUAAGCACACGUCGAAAACAGACAUAAGUUUUAAUUACAAAAAAAAAAAGUUAAGUUGAAUUAUGGGAAGUGUAGGAUCUAGGUGUUUUUGGAGUUUGACUCAUACUAGGGACUAAAAGUCAGGAUAUUUUGGACUCUGCUGUUUCGAUUUUGACCAUUAUUUUUUUGAUCUUUCUCUCAUGAGUCCCCCAACUUUAUGGUAGUGACAUACUUAAUUGCUGGAGUACCCCUUUAACAUGCACAGUAGGGACUUGCAUCUUUUACAUGAACAUCAACUUGGUUAUAUGUAGUAACUUAUAAGGACUGAGUGGAAGAAGUUCAGUGCCUUGCUGAAGUAAAUUAUGACAGGCUGUUACUGCAUAUUAGUCAGGCAGUUUCUUGCUACCUGCAGACCUCUUCACUAAAACCCAAUAUUGUGUCAUAUUGUGUGGAGCACCUGUAACUCUAAUUUUGAUUACUUGAAUAGUAGCACAGCACAGUGUGAUGUGAACUGUCAACAGCUACUCAAAUAUCCAUGAAGAAUGUACCAAGAAUAAUACUAGUUAUGGAUGCCAUGCCGUUACACAUUUACUGUAGUGUAUUGUUUUGAAAUAAUUUCCUGAAAACGGAAACAUGAUCAUAAGCACCACAUGUAAUGCUUAUUUGCAAUAACUUUGUAUGUAGAAUGAUAUUGAAAUUAUUCUCCCUAGCCAAUAAUGAUACUUUUAGCCAUUGUUGCAUCACUAACAUUGAAUAUUAUAGGCUAGUAGAAGUAAUCAGCUGUGUCACUCUUCCUGCUGAGCAUCUCUGGCUGGAAAUGAACUGAUUUCAUUUCAAGUUCAUUGAAUUUUAUCUUCCUCCUGCAAAGGACAUCAGCUUUGUUACACUGCCCUCUACUGGACAACUGAAGAAACUACAGCAGACCUUUACCUUUUAAGUUUCAUUGCAAAAGAUAGACUGUGAUUGACAUGUGUAUUGUAAACAGUGCAACAAAGGUGUCUGCAUUUGGAUGCAUUCAGCCAUACAUUUACUUGCAGUCAACAUUUCAUUCCACACAAAGUGCCAACCUAAAGCAAUAAAAGAGUAUUAUUUAGUUUUUAUGUAGUUUCAUGUAGUUUAAAAUAAACACUCAUGUCAGUUGAUUUAACCUUUUGUCUUGUUAAAAGUGGAUGGAUAAUGCAUGAUUGAUACAGCAUGAUGUUGAAUAUGUUGUAGUAUUCACAUUGUGCUGUGAACCAGCAGAUUCUCACUGAUGCAAGGUUGUGUUAUGUUUCAUUGUUCAGAGCUGUGGUAAAGAUGGUCCAUUAGUAUGUUGAUUUGACCAAAAAGCUGUGAUCAUACACCUGGUCAAAGUGUGACAUUCAGGUUUUUGUCACAGUCUGUGUAGCAAUUUUUUAUGCCAAUAAAAUGUUUGGUUCUUAA